AUGGCACAGCUAGCUACCUUCAAGCCUCCAACGGUUCAGAACGAGCCCAACAAACACUAUGCUAAGGGCUCUCCGGACAGAGAGAAGCUUGCCAGCGCCCUAGAAGCGUUCAAGAAGAAAGCUCCCAUCGAGGUUCCUGUCAUGAUCGGAGGAAAGGCGAUCACGACCUCCAAGAUACAGACGCAACAGAACCCGUCCGACCACGCUUCCAGCAUUGCAAAGUAUCACAGUGCCAGCGACGAGGACAUCAAAGCUGCGAUUGACAACGCAUUGGAAGCUAAGAAGAUGUGGGAGACCAUGCCGUUCGCCGACAGGGCUUCGAUCUUCUUGAAGGCUGCCGAUCUAGUCAGCACCAAGUACCGGUACGAGCUCAUGGCCGCUACUAUGUUGGGUCAGGGGAAGAAUGCGUGGCAGGCGGAGAUUGAUGCUGCUGCUGAGCUGUGUGACUUCUUGAGGUUCAAUGUUCACUAUGCAUCUGAGCUGUAUGCUCAGCAGCCCGUCCACAAUGCUCCUGGGAUCUGGAACCGCGUGGAAUACCGACCACUAGAAGGCUUCGUCUACGCCAUCUCCCCAUUCAACUUCAGCGCCAUUGGAGGCAACCUCCCCGCCGCCCCAGCCCUAAUGGGCAACGUCGUCCUCUGGAAACCCUCCCCCUACGCCAUGGCCUCCAACUUCCUCAUCUACAGCGUCCUAGCCGAAGCCGGCCUGCCCCCAGGCGUUAUCCAAUUCGUCCCCGGCGACGCAGAACAAAUCACCAGCCUCGUACUAGACAACAAGCAUUUCUCCUCCCUACACUUCACCGGCAGCACCGCGGUCUUCCGCUCCAUCUACGGCAAAAUAGCCCAGGGCGUAGCAGACGGUAGAUACCGCAGCUACCCGCGCAUCGUGGGAGAGACAGGUGGUAAAAACUUCCAUCUCCUCCACCGAAGCGCCGAUACAGAUAACGCUGCCAUCCACACCGUUCGCGGCGCCUUUGAGUUCCAGGGCCAGAAAUGCAGUGCCUGUUCACGCGCGUACGUUCCACAAUCGAAAUGGGACGCUUUCCGCACCAAACUGGUAGAAGAGACGGAGAAGCUGAAGAUCGGCUCACCUGAAGAUUUCACCAAUUUCAUCGGACCCGUCAUCCACGAAGCGUCGUUUAAGAAGCUAUCCAAGGUCAUCGAUGACGCCAAGGCGGAUAAAGACCUCACUCUCCUCGCUGGUGGUAAAUAUGAUGCUUCAAAGGGAUACUUCAUCCAUCCUACCAUAUACUCUACCACCAACCCUGAGCAUCCACUACUACACACCGAACUAUUUGGGCCCGUGCUUGUUAUCCUCAUUUAUCCUGACGGCGAAGAUGCUCCUGAUGCGUUUGAGAAGAUCUGCAACACCAUCGACAACACCGGUAGCUAUGGAUUGACUGGUGCCGUGUUUGCACAGGAUCGCGAGGCGGUGCAUUAUGCCGAGAAUGCGUUGAGGGGCACGGCAGGAAACUUCUAUAUCAACUGUAAAUGUACGGGAGCGGUUGUUGGCCAGCAGCCGUUUGGAGGUGCGAGGGCGUCGGGAACGAAUGAUAAGGCGGGUAGUGCGGCGUUGAUGGGUAGGUUUGUGAGUAUGAGGUCUAUCAAGGAGGAGUUUGUGCCCGCGGAUACCGUGCUGUAUCCGAGUAAUGAGUAG